AUGAUGCACAGGUGCAGUAGCUCUCAGGGAAACAUGGUGGGUCCAUGUUCAUGUGGCCUGUUUCAUAACCAAAGCAACUCCUUCUCGAUGCUAUUUUCCAUGCCAAACCCCCACAAAUCUUUCGAUGAAACAGACAUGUACGCUUACACGUCCUCUUCUUCUUCUUCCGUUGAUUGCACUCUCUCCUUGGGGACUCCAUCUACUCGUCUCUGCGAAGACGAUGACAAGCGUAUCCGCCAUGACCGCCGCUCUGGUUCUUGCAUGUCUAACUUUUGCUGGGACUUGUUACAGAACAAGAACGCGCCUUAUUCACAGCAAACCCCAAAAGCCAGCCGUGGGAGCAGUGGAAAUAGCAGUAGCAGCUCAGGCAAUGAUCCUCUCCUAGCUCGCCGCUGUGCUAACUGUGACACCACUUCCACACCGCUUUGGAGGAACGGACCAAGAGGUCCAAAGUCACUUUGCAAUGCCUGUGGAAUUCGAUUCAAAAAAGAAGAAAGAAGAGCUACAGCAAAUGCGAACAACUCGGGUGCAACAGCUUCAAUGCUGGAGCAGCAACACCAUGGCUACCACAACAAUUCAUGGGUUCAUCACUCCCAGAACCAGAAAAUGCCAUGUUUCUCACCUGUCAAUGAAUUCAGGUUCAUUGAAGAUACUGAUCGAGAUUCUGAUACAGGCAUUCCAUUCCUUUCUUGGAGACUCAACGUCACAGACAGGCCAACAAGCCUUGUCCAUGACUUUACAAGAUGAAAGAACAAAAAAAGAAAGAAGAAAAAGAAAAGAAAAACCCCACCACUGACGGUCAAGAUCAUGCAGCAAUGACUGAAACGUAUCACGAUGAAGAUGUUGAUGAAGGUGUGUUUGUGAUGGUGAUGUUGAUGGUUACAUGGUCUUCGUUUCUUCUCGCCAAAAUUCUUUUUUAUUUUUUUAUUUGUGCUUUUUCAGUUUGUUUCCUUUGUCUCCGUCUUCUACAGAUGGAGUAAGAACGGGAUAAUUCUAUGUUCUUAGUUGCCUUUCUCUCUUUUUUUUUUUCGGGUUUUGAAUUUUUUUUUCUUUUUCCCAAGUUCUUUACCUUUUCUUUCUCUUUCAGUUUUUUUAUAUAAAACCCUUUCCGUUUGAGAGAGUUUCACUUUCACUUUCCCCUAGUUUGCCAGUUCCUCUUCCCCCACUACGUUUAAAUGAUAUCAAAGUUCAUCAUCAUCAUCAUGAUUAUGAUGAGUUCAGCACCGUUAGAUUGAUUCCUGAUUUCCCCUGAUGUAAUGUAAUAACAUAGGACGUCUUAGCUUACAUAUGCAAAUGGUACCCUUUUUCAUGAUAUAUGAACUGAAGUUCACUUUA